AGUAAAUACUAAAGAAAGCAUUAUUACAAUUUAGUUUAUUACAACCUCAACAAAUCACAAACAAACUAAGCCAAUUGCAAUUUCUACUCCACUAAUAUAAUUAGUUCACCAACCCCAUCAUAUCUUUCUUAAUUUCUUCCCUAAACUCAAUCCAACAAUUGCAAUAAACAACAUUCAUGAUCAAAUGUUUAGAGCUUUGAGCAGCAGAAGAGGCCGGCGAGGGUACGAGCAAUUAGGCGGUGGUGAUGAGGCGGCAGCCGAAGCUCCGGUGGUGUCUGAGCUGAGUAGAGCCAAAAGCCUCAGCUAUUCCAAGAAGAAGAAUAUAACUAGCAGUACUCAUGCAUCUGAUCAACAACAACAAAUAAAAAAGGCAAGUAAAGUUCAUCCGUUCUUCAGUCUUUUCGAGACGAAACGAAAGAAGAAGGGAACUGCGGCAAAGCCAGAAUUCUCGAGGUACUUGGAAUAUGUUAAGGAGGGUGGUGGAUUAUGGGACGACAUGAAAUCAAACAAGCCUGUUAUUUACUACAAUUAAUUAAGGUUGUCCAUUAUUGUAUCAUGCAAUAUAUUAACUCAAAGGCUGUUCUUGAUUAUUAAUCCUUUA